GUGAGCGCGGUUUUGGAUUGCGCGCGGGGGUGGAGGAGAAGAUUGGCGCGACUGACAGCCCGUAGUUUCCCCGGCUGCUGCGCCGUUGCCGAGACACCGACACGGAGAAGGAGGUCGGGUCCGGGCCGAGGAGCCAUACUACAGCGAUGGAAAUAGGAACUGAAAUCAGCCGCAAGAUCAGAACUGCCAUUAAGGGAAAACUACAGGAACUUGGGGCUUAUGCAGACGAAGAGCUACCCGAUUAUAUCAUGGUUAUGGUAGCCAACAAAAAGACCCAAGAUCAGAUGGCAGAAGAUCUUGCUCUCUUUCUGGGAAAUAACACUGUCAAAUUUACUGCAUGGCUGCAUGGUGUCCUUGAUAAACUACGUUCUGUAACAGUUGAGCCCACCACUUUAAAACAGCAAUCAAAUUACUCAGAUUGUAAUCUGUUGUUACCUACGGAAAAGACUCAAGCAGCAAUUAGUGGAAGCAUUGAUCAAAACAAUGAUGUUCGUAUUCUUGCUGCUUCUAGCACGCUUUCUGAGAGAAAUGAUUCUCGUGUUUCUACCAGCUCAUUACAAGAGCAGGCAAUGCCCACUACCAGAACACCUGUGGAGAGGAGCACACCUCAAUUAACAUCUGCAGUGAAGCCUUUGAUGGAGCUGGUCUCCUCUGAAGCAGUUAUUGAUAUCAAACCUGAACCAGAUGAUCUUAUAGAUGAGGAUCUUAACAUUUUGCAAGAAUUUCCAUCAUCAUCUAAGAAGAAACCUGUGGUGACAGUUAGUUAUAAUGUAUCUCGUCCUUCACUUGAGGCCUUUAGGCCAGAAGAAAAUGUUUCACAUCCAUGCAGGCCAACUGAGAAUAGCAUUCAAUCUUUCCGGGUUCCUCAGAACAAUGUGCAGCCGUGUAAAUUAGGAGAAGGGAACUUCCAUGACUAUAGGCCAUUAGAAAAUCCUGGCCAUGCUUACAGAUCAUAUGAAAGCAGCUUGGAAGCUUUCAACAGAUUAUCAGAAAGUGAUGUACAGGUUUGCAGGGCAUCAAAGUCUCAUUCCGAUCGACCAAGUAGAGAUAAUGAGAAUUCGAGGAAGAGAAAGGCAGCAAUCAUCAGUUCUGUGGUUAGAGUAAGUAAAACUAGUGAUGGUGAGGAGGAGGAUGAUGAUUACGGCGCAAGGACAGGAAGUCUUCCCAGCAGUAUUUCUGUGCCAGCAAAGCCUGAAAGAAGGCCCACUUUACCACCUUCUAAGCAGGCCAAUAAGAAUCUAAUACUAAAAGCUAUCACAGAGGCCCAGAAAUCUGUAAGCAAGACAACAAACUAUCCACCAGUAGUUUCUCAGAGACAGACUGUCCCUGUGGCACCUAGAACUCGGGCUGUAUGUGAAAGCAAUGAAAUUGAAGUGAUUCAUGUAGAAGACAAACCAGAUCAACAUAGCGUGCAACUGCAGAUUGAUAAAGCUGAACAGCCUGUACAAAAGCUUUACUUGAAAUCAGUAGAAGCAAGACCAGGUGGUGACACUAGAUCAUUCAUCUUGAAGAAACCUGUAUUGGAAGGAGUGGAACCCAAACUCCAGGGAAAAGUUGCAGUUUACAUUGAAGGUGUAUCAGCAGAACAAGAUCGUGUGGUACAAGCCAAAAUGAUGCAAAUACCAUCACAAAUAGCCAUAAAUCAAGGAAUGGAAGGAAGAGAGGAACUCAGGAAAAUUACAGUCAGCAGGGAAGUGGUACUGAGUAAAUUGUUGGAUCUGUGAGCUAACAAAUUGUUAGAAACGAAAUCCAAGAUCUUUAAAAGAAGUAAUUUGUGAAACAUUUGAUGCGUUGGUAUUAAAUUUAAAUAUGCAAUAGCCAGGCAUUUGGAUACUGUCAAGAAAAUUGGGCAAAGUCAAUGUUUUUCAGCAAUUUUAUGGAAGAGAAACCAAGUUUUUUGUAAUUCUUUGAAGAUGUAAUGUAUUGGGGAAAAGGGAAACAGGUACUCGGAUUUCCAGAAGGUAUUUGUUAAAGUUUCACAUAAAAUAUUAUUGUGCUUAAUAAAAGCUUAUUGUGUAGGGGUCAGCACAUUAGUCUGGAGAGAAGAUGUAUGAUGAGUUGAGUCCCACAGGGGGUCUGUACUGGGACCUCAACUUCCUAAAAUUUACAUCAAUGACUUGGAUGAGAAGAGUGAAGGCUACAUUUGCAGAAGACAACAAGGUAAGGUAGGCAUUAUGCAGUAAAGAUGACAAGGAAGUUACAGAUGGAUAUGGAUAAUUUGAAUAAAUGGGCAAAAACUUCACACAUGGAGUACAAAGUUAAGCAGAUGUGAAGUUGUUCACUUUUAUCAGGAAGAAUAAAAAGAACGAGCAUUACUUAAACAGAAUGACUGCGAGGUUUAGAGGGAUUUGGGUAUUUUCUGGUGAAUAAGGCACAAGAAGUUAGCAUGCAGAUACAGCAGAGUAAUCAAGAAGAUUUAAUAGGACACUUUCCUUUUAUAACAAGGAAGUUUUCAACAGAAAUGUAAGGAUGUUAUGCUUCAGUUAUACAGACCGUUGAUGGGGCCCCAUCUAGAGUACUCUACUGCAUUGGUAUCUUUAUUUAUAGAAGGAUGUAAAUGUGUUGGAAGCAGAGAAGAUUUGAUGGACUCAUACUUGGUAUUAACUGGUUGUCUUAUGAGGAAAGGUUGGACUGGCUAUCUGCUGAAUUU